AUGUCUCUCAAGAAUGAUGCCGCCAAGCGCAAGGAAGAGGAUCCUACAUUUUUGACUGACGUUGCGACCGCAGUCAAGGUGAUGGACGGUGUUGAGGAGCCAUCCGUGAACCCCACCAGUUCAGUGUUUCAGGAGAAAGGUUACAAGUUUGAGAUCUUUCAGGACUUUGGCGCAGUGACUGAAGCUGAGUACAAACACUACACCGGCUUGAAGCCUGACAAAAAGAAUCUCACUCAGCUACCUGUGAAGAACCCUUCAGACAACACUACGCUGUACACGUUGGGCCUUGAGGGGCUAACAGAAGACCAGUUAGCCGCCAUUCGCAAGGUGAGAAUCUCAUACACGGAUGGGACCAUCAUGCAAACAAACUUGCUGCAGGCACAAGACAAUGUGAUCCAAGGGCAAGGCAAGCGAGUAUUCAAGCAUGUGGCUGACCAUCAGCUUGAAAAAAGGCCAGCGUCUUGGCGGUUUUCCUCAUGUCCUGAGAGCGUCAAGACUUUGAAGGAGAAGUGUCGAGUGGCCUACAACAACCAGAGAGAAGAAGGAGCAGAUGCCCGGACUCAGCUUGAAGAUUCUGAUGCUGAUGUUGGGGAUGACUUUGACGACAUGUUGUCGGACGAGGAAGAGCUUCCUGCUGCCCCAACUCGUCAGUCGGGAAUCGCUCUGGGAGAGCUAGACGAUGAAAUCAAGGCAAGGCCAAAGAAGAAGGCUGCCAAGGGAGGCAAGGCCUCAGAGAAUCAGAAGGCUACCUACAAGAGUUCUUCUGCUGCGGCUGCCGCAUCUGCCCCAGACAAGGCGGAUGAACGCAGCAAUGCUGGUUCCAAAACCAAGGCCAUAGAUUCAUUGGAUGCUGAGAUGAAGUUUGUGGCUGAAAAGCACUUGGCUACUGGCAGCGCGUCCAGUGUGAAGAGUUUGGCUGGCCUCAAGAUUGAGCUUUUUCUUGCUGGAACAUCUGAUGGAUCGGGCGAGAGGGCUCUUGCAUCGCAGAUUCGUGGCACAAAGAUCAUUCAGCAGAGUUUGGGCAAGAGCAACCAGAAUCAAGCCGCUCUCACAUUGCAAGAGCGAAUUGCUAGCUGUGAAGCAGGGUUGGCCUUACGGACAAAGCAGCUGCGAAGUUUUACUUCUGACUACCUGUCUACGCUGAUCGUCUCUUUGAAGGAUCACUGGAACGACUUCUCGUUUGAAAUCAAAGCCAAGAUCUGUGAUGCAAAGAGCGAUGUCAUUCAGAGAGAGUUGGCGGAGUGCUUCAUUGACGCCGGUGAGAACCUCGCUGAGAAGUUUGAUAAGACUGACAAAGCUAUCUCUGAGGGUAUGCCGCAGCGCAAGCAGAUCAUGCAAGGCCUGGCAAAGCAUAUCAUUCUGACUGUGGACAACUUUGCCGACAAUCCCACCUUCCAUGCUGGGAAGCCAUCCUUUGCGCAACUCUUUCAUUUCUUCUUGAUGGAUUUCGACGAAGCUGUCACUGCUCAGGAGAAGCAAGGAUCACUGACAGAUGGAGACAUUGAUGGUUUUGGCUCCAUCGAAGCAACGGUGAAGAUGGCAAAGGCUUCUGAUGGUGACACUACGGUUUUGACUCCUGCUUUGGCGCAAUUGCGUGCACGGGCAGAGGCUUUUGGCACCUACUUGAUUGAUGCGAUCAGCGACGAUCCCUUCUUUCGAGAAUUACAGCAAAGCAUUGUCUCGCCAGAACCCAUUGAGAGCUUCAUUUUGGCAUGGAUGGAAGGGUUGACCAAGCUCUUCUCUAGCAGCAGUGGCUUGGAGAAGUUUGAAUCACGGAAAGAUGUGUGUGGGCCGCUCCAUGAUGCACUUGGCCGCAUCAACCAAGUGUGCAGGUGCUUCGCUCAUUUGCUUUGCCUGAAUGAUUUGCCAGAAGGAGUGGAUUCGACAACAGAUGAUGAUGUCUUCCACUUUGUGAACUUCAAGGGUCAGAAUGUCUUCGAAGGUGCAAUCAGGCGCAUCCUCACGGAUAGCACUAGUCGAUGGAGCUCUGAAGUCAAUGACUUGGUCAGCAAAGGCGGGUCAGGCGCACUUGCAGGCAUGAAGAUUUCCAGCCUCGAGAGCCUACUGCAGCAAGAUAACCCAACGCCGUCUGCCUUGAGAGAAAUGGUCACCAAGUUGCAAGAUGUCCAGACUGCCAUCCGCACUAUGAAGCUCAAGAAAGUGAAGGAAACCUUUCUGGCCCGGUUCAAGAGUUUCUCAACCCAGGCCCGGAAUGGAAGAGCUCCAACUUGGCUGAAUUCUCUUGCCAUUGAUGCACUCUUGGAUGGAUUGGCUCUUGUUCAUGACAUGCCUGGUGCCACAAAUGAGCGGAAGCAGCUGCAGUCAUGGAGGACAAACCAGGUGAAAGACAUUGCGAAAAACGACUUGGUCCAUGUUCUGCAGAUCCAAGAGAAGGACCGUGUCGACUUCCAAUUGCUCAACACUUGCCUUGGCCACUGCUUCCCAGGCAAGGGCGACCAUUUCGACAAUGAGUUGACUGAGCAUGUGUGGAAAUUCAUGCCGCAGGCUCUGAGGAAGCUGAUGGAACUGGCGGUGCAAAUGACUCCAGAUCCCAGCAGUGUCAAAAGGAUCUCAUCUCUCAUUGAAAACCUUUCAUCGAAGCUGUGUGUGGAUGACGUGAGCAGUGUGGUCACACAGUUUGUUGCAUCCUGGAUGAAGUGUGCUCCUCUGGCAAUGAAGAUCAUUCAGGGCAACAUCAAGGUUCGCGAUGAGAAAGAAACCCUGCUUGACACUGAUCCUUCACUUGCUUUGCUUCGUGCCAUUAAAUUGAGUCGUAGCAAGAUGAUGGAAGAAAUUACUUGCAUGGAAUCCUUGGCAAAUCACAAAGAUGUGAAAGAUCUUGCAAAUGACCACCCGGUGCAGAUACUUGUGCAUAUGGAGUUGCCAGAAUCCCUGAUUCGAGAGCUUUCAAGCGAACACUUUGAUGAAGUCAUCGACAACCAAUGCAGCAAAUACAAGAUCAAGAUGGAAGAGCUGGCCAAGAACACCUUGGAGCUAUGCAAGGGCUACUCGAAUGCUGGCCCCAACUGCUGGAAGGAUAGUCUUUCUGGUAGUGACGUUGCCUUUGAUGACCUCUACAAAUUGGGAGAGAAGACCGUGAUGCCUCUUCAGGGAAAAAGCAUCAAGGAGAACACAACCAACUAUGCCGAGGUGGUGAAGGCUGCAGAAGACUUUGUGGCUACUUUUUCAGCGCAGGUGUCAACGGACACUGCUGCGGAUGGUAUGAGCAAACUUCAGGAAGCCAUGCGAUCGUCUUUGCACGCCAUGCAAGCUGCCAAGGUUCUUCUGAUUGAAGUCUUCUUGAUGAAGGCCAUCAGGAACCACAACAACAACAUCGCAGCCAGUGAUGAGCAGGAUGAGCAAAAGAUUGAGAAGGCCACGAAGGGUCGCCAGGCGGCAUUGGGGCUCAUUCGCAGGGAGCGUGCUGACCUAAAAGCUGCCCACUGGAAUCUUCAGGAUGACAUGGUUCAUCCUGUGCUGAUGACAAUUUCAGCCUCACUGCUGGAGUCUUCGGCGCCUCCUGCUGCUGUUGAGGCUGAAGCUGAAACUCCACUGGCGUGCGCCUCCGCCAAGUGCAGCGUCGAGCUUCGCUUAUCCCCCUGGCCGACCCGAGGAGUGGGAGACGUGGGGACGUGGGUGAGUCACUUUGAGCUGCGAAACAGAUGCGAAAGAGAGGAGGAAGAGCGACGCCGGCGGCAGCAGGACCUGGCAGGUGAUGAGGAGCUGGCGCGGCAACUGGCCGCUCAGCUACGGCUCACCUCUCCCGCUGAGACCACGCCAGACACAGGGUUCGACGAGGAGAGACGACUGCCACGGGUCGGCGACCGAAGCUUCGACACGGACACGUCGCGCGGCCGAAAUGACCUGGAUGGCGGAGAGCGGGUCGCUAGUGUCGAGUACCAUGCAAUGGACUCGGACACGGAGGACGCCUUCUAUGCCGAGCCACCCCGAGCGACGGGCUAUCACCACAUUUUGUGCAAUGUCUUGGUGAACUUCUUUCGGGCGGGGCCUUGGGGCUCGAAGCCACAGACGGUGUCGUUCAGAUAG